AUGUCUGCCUCUUCUCAAGAAGAUUUCGAGCUCCAAAAAGAGCAUCGUCGAGAGAACAACAAUGAAGCCGACGAAGGAGCUUAUGAGCCCAUCGCUUGGAUCGAUCCGACCGAAGCCGAUAAUCUCACACGAAUUGCAACCCAAAAGUCGCAAAAAAAUUCUAUAAUCGCGCAUCGUCUUGCCUCGUCCGCAGAACAUGAUCCUUCUCUGAACCCCCAAUCGGGGAAAUUCGAUCUGAAGAAAUGGAUUAUGGCGGCUAUGCAAGAUGUAGGUCGGGAGAACGGCCAGAAGAAGAUGGGUGUCUUAUUCAAGAAUCUCAAUAUCUAUGGAUCAGGAUCGGAGCUUCAAUUCCAAAGCACGGUGUCGUCAAUGUUGACAGCGCCUCUUCGGAUUGGAGAGGCUUUCCGGAAGCAACCUAGCAAGCGGAUUCUCAAGGACUUCAAUGGUCUCCUCAAAGGUGGCGAGCUAUUGCUUGUGCUGGGUCGCCCUGGAGCAGGUUGCAGCACCAUGAUGAAAUCUAUUUGUGGAGAACUGCAAGGUCUGGAGAUGGGUGAAGAGAGUGUGAUUCAUUAUAAUGGUAUUCCUCAAAUCAGAAUGAUGAAGGAAUUCAAAGGUGAGGUAGUUUACAACCAGGAGGUGGAUCGCCAUUUCCCUCAUCUCACUGUUGGACAAACGUUGGAGCACGCAGCCGCCACACGGACCCCUGCGAAUCGAUUUGAAGGAAUGAGCCGUGAUGAAUUCGCAAAGUACAUGGCUCAAGUUGUGAUGGCAGUUUUUGGACUCAGUCAUACCUACAACACUCGAGUAGGAGAUGAUUUCAUCCGAGGCGUGUCAGGUGGAGAGCGCAAGCGGGUCAGUAUUGCCGAAAUGGCUCUUGCUGCAGCUCCUAUCGGUGCAUGGGAUAACUCCACGCGUGGGUUGGACUCCGCUACAGCUUUGAAGUUUGUCGAGUCUCUACGUUUGCUUUCAGAUCUGACUGGCUCUACUCAUGCCGUGGCAGCCUACCAGGCUAGUCAAAAUAUCUACGAUCUCUUCGACAAAGUUGUUGUUCUGUACGAAGGCCAUCAAGUAUACUUUGGAUCUGCUAAGGGAGCAAAGGCAUACUUCGAGAAGCAAGGCUGGUUUUGCCCUCCCAGACAGACUACAGGUGACUUCCUGACCUCAAUCACCAACUCGUUGGAGCGUCAAGCACAGUCUGGCAUGGAGACUCGGGUUCCUCGAACCCCCGAAGACUUUGAGAAGGCAUGGAUCAACUCUCCGGAGUACAAGAUCCUCCAGGAUGAGAUUACUGCCUACGAGAAAGAAUUCCCGGUGGCCGAUGAUUCCACUGCGGCUAUUGAGUUUCAGGAAAGGAAGCGUGACAUCCAAGCAAAACAUACUCGUCCCAAGUCUCCUUACAUUAUCAGUGUGCCUAUGCAAAUCAAGCUCAACACAAGACGUGCCUACCAAAGGCUGUGGAAUGAUGCAGCUUCGACGGUGUCCACUGUUGUCAGUAACAUCAUCAUGGCACUUAUUAUUGGCUCUACUUUCUACAAUUCCCCCGAUUCUACUGCUGGUUUCAUGUCUAAAGGCGCAGCAUUGUUCUUUGCGGUUCUCCUCAACGCAUUGACAGCCAUGUCCGAAAUUAACAGUCUAUAUGCCCAACGUCCAAUCAUCGAAAAACACAACUCUUACGCCUUCUAUCACCCGUUUACUGAAGCUAUUGCUGGUGUUAUAGCUGAUAUUCCGGUGAAAUUUGCACUCGCCGUUUGCUUCAACAUCAUUCUUUACUUUCUGGUGGGUCUCCAGCGAAAGGCAGGAAAUUUUUUCCUCUACUUCCUCAUCACAUUUAUCAUUACCUUUGUGAUGAGUGCUGUAUUCCGGACGCUCGCCGCGAUCACAAAAACAGUUUCCCAGGCUAUGGGUCUAGCUGGUGUCAUGAUUUUGGCUCUUGUGGUUUACACAGGCUUUGUGCUACCGGUACCAUCUAUGCAUCCUUGGUUUGAAUGGAUUCAUUAUCUGAAUCCAAUCUACUACGCCUUCGAGAUCUUGAUUGCGAACGAAUUUCACGGUCGCGACUUUCCGUGCUCUUCGUACAUUCCUUCCUACGCAGACCUUACUGGAGACAAUUUCGCAUGCAGCUCAACUGGCUCAGUUGCGGGUGCGCUGACUGUGAACGGUGAUCGUUACAUCUAUCUGAAUUAUCGAUACAGCUUUUCUCAUGUCUGGCGAAAUGUCGGAAUUCUCUUUGCCUUUUUGGUCGGCUUCAUGGCCAUCUACUUCAUUGCUUGUGAGCUGAACUCAGCCACUACAAGUACUGCCGAGGCUCUUGUGUUCCGUCGUGGCCAUGCCCCCGCUCAACUACGUCCCUCCAACAAGAAGAAUUCCGAUUCUGAAGAUGUGGGUGAAAAGCCUGUUCAGGCGGCUUCCUCCGAAGGAGAGGGCGACAAGGGAAUGGGGGCCAUUCAACCUCAGACUGACGUUUUCACUUGGCGGGAUGUUUGCUACGAUAUCGAGAUUAAGGGUGAACCACGCAGAUUAUUGGACAAUGUUGCCGGUUGGGUUAAGCCAGGAACUCUAACUGCUCUAAUGGGUGUCAGUGGAGCUGGUAAGACUACUCUUCUGGAUGUUUUGGCUCAUCGUACUUCGGUUGGUGUUGUUACUGGUGAUAUGCUGGUCAACGGCCGUGGAUUGGAUGCAAGUUUCCAACGUAAGACUGGUUAUGUUCAACAGCAGGAUCUCCACCUUGAGACUGCUACUGUUCGCGAGUCGCUGCGUUUCAGUGCUGCGCUUCGUCAGCCAGCCAGUGUUUCCAUGAAGGAGAAGUAUGAUUACGUCGAAGACGUCAUUCGUAUGCUUCGAAUGGAGGAGUUCGCAGAGGCGAUCGUCGGUGUUCCAGGUGAAGGUUUGAAUGUUGAGCAGCGCAAGCUAUUGACCAUUGGUGUCGAGCUGGCUGCCAAGCCUAAGCUGCUUCUUUUCCUUGAUGAGCCUACUAGUGGUCUUGAUUCACAGAGUUCCUGGUCUAUUGUUUCUUUCCUUCGUCGCCUUUCCGAGCACGGUCAAGCUGUUCUUUGCACUAUUCACCAGCCUAGCGCCAUUCUAUUCCAAGAAUUCGAUCAACUUCUCUUCUUGGCUCGUGGUGGUAAAACAGUCUAUUUCGGUCCAGUUGGAGAACAAUCGCGCACUCUCCUCGACUACUUUGAGACACACGGAGCCCGAGAAUGUGGAGAUAGUGAGAACCCUGCCGAGUACAUGCUUGACGUUGUAAAUGCCGGUAGCAACCCACAGGGUGAAAACUGGUUCGAUGUAUGGAAAGGAAGCAAGGAAAGCCAGCAGGUUCAAACUGAACUCGAUCGCAUUCACAAGGACCAGCAAGAGAAGGUUCCACUGGACAACUCGACUGAGGGUCUUACUGAAUUUGCUAUGCCCUUCUGGGUCCAACUUUAUCAAGUCACCUACCGGGUUUUCCAACAGUACUGGCGUAUGCCUUCCUACAUCAUUUCGAAGUGGGGAUUGGGUAUUGCCGCCGGAUUGUUCAUUGGAUUUUCGUUCUACCAAGCCAAGACGUCACUUCAAGGAAUGCAGACUAUCAUCUACUCUGUUUUCAUGCUGUGCACUAUCUUUACUUCGCUUGUUCAGCAGUUAAUGCCGUUAUUCGUUGCCCAACGAUCUCUCUACGAGGUCCGUGAGCGUCCCAGCAAGGCCUAUUCAUGGAAAGCCUUCCUAAUUGCCCAAGUCAUCGUGGAAAUUCCCUACAUGAUUGUGACUGGUAUCAUCAUCUUCGGCUGCUACUUCUACGCCGUGGUGGGAAUUCCAAGCUCAGAGACCCAAGGCACUGUUCUUUUGCUUUGUAUUCAAUUCUUCAUCUACGCCGGUACAUUCGGACAAAUGGCUAUCGCCGCCCUGCCCGAUGCCGAGACCGCUAGUGCAAUUGUUGUCCUUCUCUUCGCAAUGUCCCUCACAUUCUGCGGUGUCAUGCAGGCUCCAUCCGCCCUUCCUGGGUUCUGGAUCUUCAUGUACCGUGUUUCACCUUUCACUUACUGGGUCAGUGCCAUGGCUAGUACCCAGGUCCAUGGACGCCAGGUCGUAUGUUCUUCAGAUGAAUUGUCCAUCUUCAACCCUCCCUCCGGCCAAACAUGCUGGGAUUACCUUGAAAAGUACGCUACGCUAGCUGGAGGUCAAGUGACGAACAAGAACGCAACAUCGAAUUGCGAAUACUGUGCUGUUGAGGUUGCGGAUCAAUACAUUGCUCAAUCUGGGAUCUACUUUGAUCACCACUGGAGAGACUUUGGAAUUGUUUGGGCUUACAUCGCUUUCAACAUUUUCAUUGCUGUCAUGACUUACUACCUUUUCCGUGUCAAGCGCUGGAACACAGCUGGCAUCAAGCAAAGCCUGGCACGCUUCACACCCUCAAAGAAGUCAAGCAACUAA